AUGCUAUCCCCAUUAAUUCAGUCUACACUACUAAUAACCUUAGGUCUCGGCACACUUGUAACAUUUUCAAGCACCAGCUGAAUUCUAGCUUGAAUCGGCUUAGAAAUUAAUACAAUUGCUAUUAUUCCUCUAAUAGCAAAAACACACCACCCACGUUCAAUUGAAGCAACUACUAAAUACUUCAUUGCUCAAAGUGCAGGCUCUGCCACACUUCUUAUUACUGCCUGUUUAACCGCUUGACACUCAGGAAACUGAGCAAUCAGCCCGUCAAGCGACCCAAUUAUUCUUAACGCUAUAACUCUUGCCCUAAUACUUAAACUAGGUAUAGCCCCUAUACACUUCUGACUUCCAGAAGUAAUAGCAGGCCUAGAUCUUACAACUGGCAUAAUCCUAGCAACUUGACAAAAAUUAGCCCCAAUUGCUCUCCUUAUUCAAAUUGCACAAGAUCAAAAUAAUGUAUUUAUUCUUGGCCCAGCCUUAUUAUCAGUAUUUAUUGGAGGAUGAGGAGGCCUAAAUCAAACUCAAACACGAAAAAUUAUAGCCUACUCAUCAAUUGCACACAUAGGCUGAAUUGCUAGCAUAGCCCCAUUUAAUCCUACAAUUACUUGAGUUACAACACUAAUCUACUGCCUACUUACAAGCACAACAUUUAUUAAUCUUAAUAAUUUAAAAGCUAAUAAAAUUACAGCACUCACCAUAAAUAAACAUAAUCAAAUUUCUCAAAUAUUCCUAUUACUUCUCCUACUAUCCCUAGGAGGCUUACCCCCACUUACAGGAUUUACUAAUAAACUUCUAGCAUCAAUUGAACUCGCCAACCAAAACCUUGUUAUUUAUCUAUUUCUAAUAAUAAUAGGCUCAUUACUAAGUUUAUUCUUUUAUACUCGAAUAUGUUAUCUAUCAAUUAUUCUAUCACCUCCAUGUCCAACAACAAAUCUUAUUCUUUGACGUGUAGCCCCAAAUAAACCUAUAACCCUCAUGACUAUGUUAUCAAUUAAUCUGUUUAUUUUAACACCUCAACUCAUAGCAAUCUUUACCCUACACU